AUGGCACGACUGUCAUUGCCAACAACAGCCCGUCUCUCCCCAUCCUUACGAGUUGACCCCGCAAACAACACUGUGAUCAAAACUCUUAAUCGCCUUUCGCGAUCGUCGCUCCUAUCGCUUGUGCUAGACUGGUUAGACGAAAGAAACCAAUACCUAUGUCCGCCACUUCUCCGCCGACUAGAAGCUCCCGACAAUGAAGACGAAGAUGACUUUUACCCUCCCGCAGAAUCGCUGGAGGAGUUACGAGGACUCUAUGAGUCUAUGCAGGAUAGGAAAGGCGGCCGACGCGAAGUAGUCGACAGGAUUCUCGAAGGCGAUUGGCGAUACGGUCUUAGUCUAUACCAGCUAGCAAUGGCAGAUCUACAGUACCUAUACGAUCAUCCUGGCAGUCUCAAGUGGACUGCCUACCGUAUCCAACAACUUAAGGCUCCGACGCACGAGGAUAAUGCCGAGGGCCCGGAGAGAAUAGACAAAGAGUCGCUUGCUGUACCACGUUUCCAUCCGUCUACCUUCUUACAGAAUUUGCAGGCCGAGGUGCUUCCCGACGUCAAGGCCCAUUAUAACUUUGAUCGACCAAAGGACAUGCCGCUCCUGUUAUUGCGCAUUUUCAUUAUCGAUUCCCCUUAUAACACAGACCUAGCGGUCUCAACGAGACAUCGCGGCCGUCCUGACAGAAAUGGCAAUAAGAGCAUAUCGACAAGCUUUGAUGCCUCUAGGACUAUCUACAUUGCUUUCCCGGACGCCUCGCCGCACAUCUAUAUAUCUAAAUCUGCUACGGGGGGCGCUUCCUCGUCGGCAAGCGCGGCAGGUGAAGCAAAGAGCCUACGUGCUCUUAUUGUGGAGGGUAUUCCGAAGGCGUUGUCGCGACCACGCGAACGGUAUACCCUAAAGGGGACGAACUUGACAACAAAGAAUCUUGCUACCAUGUUGGCUGUGAAGGGCGCGGGCCGCACAAAUGCCGCAGGUGGUGGCUGGAGCAUCUACGCUGGCACAGGAACUUCAGAUCUUAAAACCGACAGCCCCUUACAGACAUUACUACCCACGCCGCCGUUAUCAGACGCAUCGUCCGUCGACGCUGAUAAGCCGGAUAGCGAUAGCCGUAAGCGUAGGAGACCUGUGAGUGAUCCAGCGGAUGUGGAGGAUGAGAAACAAGCGAAACAAGCACGUUUAGCAGCAGAGGCGCGUUUUGGCAGCGCCGCAAAAGUGGACGAUGGAAAGGGGAUAGAGAGGCUGGAUGUCUUAAUCGAGGACCCGUUUCCCGCAGAUAUUACUAAUUUCUCAGACGAUGAGGAGUUUGAAAUGCGAAGGGAGAAUGACGCAGACAGGGCAGCUGCACUAUCGCGACAGUCGUCGAAGGGACGUCGAAGUACACUCAAUAUGAGCGUAUUGGUAGAAGAUCAGGAGAAUGCUGAUGAUACUGGUGAUGGAAGGAGAGAAAACGACUGGGCGCCUCAGAUUAGGCUUUCUUUCCACGGGUCUCACGUCUUUGCAGGCAUACGGCAGUUAGUUGAAGCAGGGAUCAUUGACGGAGAGAAGAUGCCAGGGUGGAUGACGGGCGAGGAGGGUGUGACUAUCGGAGCUGUGCGGCACGGUAGGAUAAAAGGCUUCAAGGGUUCGGGAUUAUGA